CAGGAACUACGUUACGGCGGGGCAGCUGGCGGGAUUUUUGUUUGGAUGAAACAAGAAACAUCUUAUAGAAGCAGAAGAAUGUGAACUAUCUGAAGAUUUGUCCCAGACCUGAUCUUGCAUAUAUUGCCAUUAAAAACUGUUUUAAAAAUUUUUUUUUCCCCCAGUUAAACAGGCGGGACGUUCAGACUGACUCACCUGAGAAGGCAAAUUCACAAAAUAAAGUCACAGUUCAUAUGAGUCAGGAAUGGAGCAGGAGGUCGAGGCCGCUGAGGCUCCGCUCCUCUCGUCAGGUUGUUCCGAGGCAGUACGGGCAGAGCUGCUGGACGAGUGCGAAGAACACUUUGAAGUCUUACAAAAGCUUCAGAAUGAAAUCGUCUCGGCAGAUGAAGGGUCUGGGGAUGGAGAGUCCACUGAGGCAAUGAAUCGUCUGAAUGCCAUCAUGACUGAGCUGGAACAGUGGCAAGAAAUGGAACCCAAAUUACUGUCAACAAACCCUGACAUUUUAUUGACCAUCGGUCAGGAAGAGCUGCAAAGACACAACAGUCAGCUGAAGAUGGUCCUUUCCUGUUCCCAAGCGAGGAGAGAUGCCUUGAAAGACCUUUUGCAAAGAGAGCAGGCAUGGCUGGAAGAGAAGAAAGAGGUACUGAGUGCAGUGACCGAACGAGUCGUAAUGUUGCGUGAGGAAAACGAGAAGCUGUCAGAACACAGUAUUCUACAGGACAUGAAGAGAAAAAUCACCAAGGUGAAAGAUUACCACAGCACCCUCAUGGAGACGCUGAGCGACAUGUUAGCCGAGCAUUUUCCUCUCCCUGGUCAGUCAGCAGUUGGCACCAAGAAAAAGAAGGGCACUGUUCCAGAUUACGGACAGAAUCUUAUCUCACUAAGUGAGAUCCUCGAGCAACUAACAAACAAAACCCUGGAAACUCCUCACGAUGCCUACGUGACCAUCGAUGACUCCUUCUGGCCGCCGUACAUAGAAAUGCUUCUUCGUAACGGAAUCGCGGUCAGACAUCCAGAGGACUGCAAUAAAAUCCGCCUGGAAGUUUUUCAUUAAUUUUGUUUGUUUGUUUGUUUUUAUAAUAAUAAUCAGGCUUCAUUUGAUGACCCAUCAUGAGAUAUAUGUACAGUCUUUUAUGUGCUUCUCCUUGUUUUAUUGUGUAUUUAAAAAGCAACUUGGCAAAUAAACUAGCUGAAAAUGUCAACCAGUGUUACUAAUAAUUAUUAUCAUGAUGCAUGUCUGUGUGGUCAUUUCACCAGAGGAUAUUAAAAGUGAGAAGAGGAGUUUAAAGAUGUGACACGUUUGCUUACAUACACUAUGUUGCCAAAAGUUUGGGGACAUCAUUGAAACCAUGUCUUUAUGGACCUUGCUUUGUGUGCAGUCAUGUUGGAACAGGAAGCGGUCAUCCCCAGACUGUUCCCACAAAGUUGGGAGCAUGAAAUUGUCCAAAAUGUCUCGGCAUUAAGAGUUCCUUUCACUGGAACUAAGGGGUCAAGCCCACUACCUGAAUUCGGUGAUUUGGAGGGGUGUCCCAAAACUUCUGGCAAUAUAGUGUAUAUUUAGAUAAGAAGAACAAGAUUGUCACUAAGGCUUUGGUAGGUGUUGGGCUCAUAUUUAAUGUCUUAUGUUGCUGACCUCUAGUGGUAAGAGUACAAGAAGUUAGGCGGAUGUUUCUAAACCCUGUCUGAAUUGGAUUUUACACACUGUCUAAUAGCCUGAUCUGAUCUGAUCUGAUCUAUCUUCUAAAGCAAUGAAAUGCCACUUUUUUAUAUACUUACACAAAAAGUCUUGACACACAAAUAAAUAAAUAAAUUGCUAGAAAACACUUUUU